ACAAUUUUCCAUCUCAUUUUCUUAGAGAGGGACCACUCAUUAUUUCCUCCACACACCAAAGAUGACAGCUCCAUCAAACAUUUCCCAUGCAGCGCCACAGCAACCGCGUUUUUUGGUGUUGUUCGACUUUGAUGAGACCAUCAUCAAUGAGAGCAGCGAUGACGCUGUGGUGCGCGCUCUACCAAGCCAACAGCUCCCUGACUGGCUGAGAAACAGCUACAGGGAGGGGCAUUACAAUGAGCACAUGCAGAAGGUUUUGGCAUACAUGGCGGAUCAGGGCGUGACUAAGGACUCCAUCCAUUCAGCGGUGGCAAAGAUCCCGCCCACACCGGGACUCCUGAACCUCUUCCAGUGUCUGCAGAGCCACCAGCAGGACUUUGAGCUGGCGGUGGUCUCCGACGCCAACAUGUACUUCAUCGAGACAUGGCUGGAGCGUGCUGGGCUGCGUCACCUUUUCCGGAAAAUUUUCACAAACCCGGCCAGUUUUGAUGCGACUGGCCGUCUUGUGCUGCUCCCUUUCCACUCCCACUCGUGCGCCCGUUGUCCUGACAACAUGUGCAAGCAGGUGAUUCUUCGGGAGUAUCUGGCAAGCAGACAGAAGGAGCGUGGUGGUGCUCCCUUCCAGAGGGUAUUCUAUAUUGGAGAUGGGGCCAAUGAUAUUUGUCCCUCUCUGGCUCUGGGGCCCCGGGACACAGCUUUCCCCAGGAGGGACUUCCCCAUGCACAGGCUGCUGCUGGAGAUGCAGCAGUCAAAGGCGGCCACGUUUAAAGCAAACAUAGUUCCGUGGGUCAGCGGCGAGGACAUAGUGGACUGCCUGAAGAAAAUAAUGGAGGAGAGAUGA